AUGCAUUUUCACCCACUAAGUCUUGUAACCCUCCCUAUAGCAAUCUGCGCCGUCUUGGCUGGCGCCACUGGCACCAGACCCGUGUUGACAGUCCCAGGGCUGGUGCAGAUCAGAGAUAUCCUAGCUCAACUCGAGGCUCCCAUUGUCAGCACCUUAACAGAACGCAUCAAUCUCGCCACCAAUCACUCGCUGUACGCAAAUGGCGGUCAGGAACUGUUGAGUUUCCUCAAGCAGCGCGAAGUCGUCAGUGCAGCCUCUGGACGAUACGACUAUGGGAAACUCGAAUACCCCUUCACUCAGCCGCUCAUCGCUCCAGACAUCUCCACACCGAGCAAUCCCUUCCCUCCGGGUCGAUUUCACCAGGACUCGUUCAGCGGCAACGGCAACAUUACCGCGUUCUACAUUGACACAUUGGUUCCAUUUUUCAGUUCUCCGACUUCGUACUACUACCACUUGGACAACUCGACCAUCGACGACGAUGCUGUCCUCAAUCUUGAUGCGACGCUCCUUGCUCUUCUGUCUCAUCGAGCGCACAUCGGCAAGAUCGUCGCCGAGACAAAAUACGAGUCCAACGUCACAGGGUUCACAACGUUGAUCGAAGCCCAAGACAGCGCCGGUACCAGGGUCCUCGUCACAAAUACCACUCAGGAAGCAGGCGUAUCAAGUCAGGCGUUCACUGCUGCUGCUGCCUUCUCAGAUGCGUGGCUCGAUGCGGGUGCUCUGGUCUCCAACGACUUUGCAAGCAAUCUCCAAAAUGCCACAGCCAAGUUGUUCCGGGAGCUCAUCGAUAUUACCACGGAGAUUGAAAUCCAAUAUCUUCUGCAGCGUUUGAAUUAG